GUCCGCUUUGAAUAAUAAAAUAGAACAAUUGGUACAAUGAACAACCAUUGUAUGGAGACAGACAUAGAAAUCUCGCCAUGUUCGUAACUAUAGGGGUUGUUAAACUUCUUUGGAAUCUAUUACUGUACCUCGAAAAAUAAACAAAGAUUAUCCUAUUACAAAUCACUUUAAGAUUAUUUUCUAUCGUCAUUAUUCAGACGGACUAAACAUAAUUAGGAGUGGUGUAUUUUAUAGAGAACAAGUGUCCUUUUGAUCCUCAUCGGAGAACGAAGGACGUAUUCACACGGAGUAAAAAUUUAAUGGAAAAAACAGCGUUGAAACUUGGGUGAGAAAAAUGGCAAGUAAACUUUAACAUUCCGUUUUUUAUUGACAUUAUUUGUGUAAAGAUAUGCGAAAGAUUAUUGAUUGUGCAAAUCUAGAAGGAGAAUUUAAGUUUCUGGCAAAGGCCGAUAUCAUCCGUAUCGAACUGGAGAAAGGUUUUUAAAAUCUCUAAACGCAGCAUGUCGAUUUCGGACAAAGACUGUCAGCGCUUUUUCCGGGCAGGAAUUCUUACCCUGAAACAUGGAACAGCUUUACUUCAGAAUCUAUUGGAUUUCAAGCUGCAACAGAUGCAUCUUUCUCUUCGAGAGCUUCUUUAUCUUCAUCGUCACGAUCUUUUUCACUCGUGGUACAAGAACGGAUGUUGUACUUGUCCCACCGCGAAACCAUCUUACUUCUCUGGACACUUGAUCAAAUCUCAGUACGAAGACUUAUUCGAGCUCACCAAAACACCGAACCGUGUCUGUCAACACGUCAAGACUUCACUCCACGGCAUUUGUAGCUGUCGAUAUGAAGUUCGAAAAGACGUGCAUACCCGAAGUCUAGAUAUACCUGUGUCUUCCACGCUUAUUUUGAAUUUAGACGACUUUCGCUUCGACGAUGCGUCGAUCGAGGCUAUAUGGGAACUUCGCCGACUUAGAAACGAGAUCAUUGAUCUCGGCUCGGAAAUGUGUCUGAUAGAAGAAAAAUUCCAACUGUUUUGGAAUAGACUAGUUUCCUCUGUGGGAAGCAUAGCAGCACUAAUAUCCGCCGACAGUCAUGAUCAAACAACGGAGCAGAUCCGGUCACUCCGGGACGAUCCGCUGCACUUGUAUUCAGCAAUGACCGUUGUUAGAACAAUUAGUCAUGGAAACCAAAGAGAACUGUCCUUUUUACAGGACUUACAAGACGUAAUGGGCAUGCAAAGCAACAAGCGGCAGGGUGAAGUCCUAGCCAUGUUAGAACUAGGGCUAGAAUUAUUUUCGUCAACACUGAGUCAAUCUAACUUAGCUUUGAAGGAAUUGCAGAAUUGCAAGUUUUUGUUGUACGGCGGGAAUUUUACGGGUUUGGCCAAAAACUUAUCCAGUCCUUGGAUGAAGAAGCUUUUAAAAGCAAGACUUCAAGUUCACGAACAAACCGAGAUUUGGCGCGAGAUGUUGUGGUCCUCCGAUCCUUUAAAAUCAAAAGUCAGUCAAACUCUAUCGUUCAAGUCAUGUGGGGAGAACGUCAAACUUUCUAACGAUCGCCGAUGUGCCGCGUGGAAUUUCAUCGAAUCCGAUGGCGUCACAUUCAGCAACAGACCAGUGGAUCACCUUGAGCACGUCACACUUGACGUAACCGGAAGUGGGGAGGUAGCCAUUGGCGCAAUAGAGAGCGACCCCGUUGUCCAAAGUCGGAGACUUUCUUCUUUUUCUACGUGCCCCGACUUAAAGACAGCCGUGAUCGUAAAAACCUACGAUAGUUCUUAUCAGGUUAAGAUCUCCAGAGACUCUGACCAGCUGAUUGUUUUCUGUGACGACCAGAGGUAUGUGAUGGAGGCUGACCAGAAAAAGAAACCAUGGCUCGUGUUCAACUUACGUUUUGGGGAUCUCCAAAUAGAAUUAGAGUCGGAGGCACACUUCCCAAUGAAGUUUCAUGAAACCAUGGGAACCAAUGUACAGUCGGUGGGAGGAACUAAACGUCUGCUCCGCUUAAAGCAUGUCAACCUACGCUCCACCUGUCGCCUCAGCAGACGACUUCGUAAUGGAGAAGAGGUGCUUCUUAAUGUUUGUCAGGAGAAACCCGUCGAUGUGAGAACAAUACCAUGCUACCUCUCGUUGGGGAUCAGUGCCGAUGGCCUUCAGAAUGGGUCGUUACACGAGGACCAACCUUUCAUCUCUGCUUCAAGGUCAUGGUUGUUCAGGAAACGUUACGACGAAUCGCUGUGCAGCGGGAAAGUGCGCAUCUCCGUGACUCGAAGAGGGGUUCUGAAACUUGUCUGUCCCCAAGGGAUGACGGAAACGGUCCAACUGAAUAACACUGAGCAGAAGAUGGGUGUGGCAGUAGUGUUUGAAUUAUUUAGGACAGAACUGGAUAUUGUUAGUUACAAAAUCAGAGGAUAAACUCUAUGUUUAAUGAUUAUUGUUGUCUGUUGUCUUUGUUUUGUACCUGAAUAGAAUUAUUUGAAAUGAAACAGUUAUGCAAAGCUC